CCUAAUUAUUUCUUGCUUACCUAGUACACUUACGUUCAUUUACCUGUUACCCUUUUAUCUUCUUCCUAUUUAUAUCCAAUUUCCAACUUUACGGCGUCAUCAUUAAGUUUCGAGAUGGCGUCGUCAGGUCCGUUUCCGCCAGAGAUCAUUCAAGGAAUUGUCUAUUAUCUUAGUCAUGACUGGAUCAGCCUUAGCGGCGAGAAUCCACCCCGACCCGGAGCCUUCAAAAGCUGGAUGCGUAUUCGCGGAUGUUCGCGCUAUGCCACUGUCAACAAGGCUUGGCAGGUUGCUAUAGAGCGUGAGACUUUCGCCCAGCUCUCUCUCAAUCUCGGACGACUAGCCGAGGCCGAAGCUAUCUUGAACGGGGUCCCGCGACGCCAAAAGUACGUGCGUUCCAUCCGACUCAAUGUCGUACUGCCGCGUCCGGACCCCACACUGCCAAAACCACACCUCGAAACGGCCGAAGAGAGAAAUCAGAAAAAUCGCGCAGUUCAAGAUACGUUCGAGGCCUUCUUAUCGACCUUAAGCCAUUGGACACCCGGGCCUCCGGUAAAACUUAGACUUGACGCAUUUGCGCUGAACGACGAUGGCCGUCGUGAGAAGCCCGAGCUACCAUCAUAUCGGGCUGCCCACGAGCAGUAUCACUUGCCACUAGAGCUAGAAGAUCCUGAGCGCGUCUUACACCUUGGACCAGUGAAUGUCAUUACGGAGGUAGAUACGGAGACGGACGAGCUAGAAUCAAGACGUUUCUCCGGGGCAGCUAUAUGCACGUUGGUAGCGAGGCUACCGACGGCUAGGAAAGUUCACAUCCUCUGGCAUCAUACUAAGGAUAACCUCGAGGAGCGGAGCGAGUUUAACCAAGCCCUGAAUAAUAUCACGCAUGCCAUUGAUAAGUUCAGUCUCGUCGGCUCUUAUUUCUCAGAAUUCAGCCAACCACCUGUACGACGGAAUGAUCAACGCGAGGCCAAACCAGAUGAACUCUCUCGGUCUUUGAGGAAGAUAUCGCAACGUUCGCAGGUCUUUAACCUCUGCGAUGUUGCCAUAAGCGACGAAAUAUUCCUUCGGCAUAACCUAGUCCCCAAAAUGGCAUCACCAGCACAUUGGGCGCGGCUGAAGACCUUUUAUAUUCAAUACCCGCUUAUCACACCAUCAGGCGAGUGGCUAUUCUAUCACAACCCUGGCGUUUCAAAUAAUCAGAUGGGAAGCAUUGUCCCAUACCCUGCCCUCCAGCGCCGAUAUCUCGCCGCGGCGCGCGCAGCCCUCGAGAUGCCCCUACUCGAAGAUAUGUCGCUCGAUGCAAGUAUUAAUAUCGAAAAUGAGUGGCAUAAGUUCUGCUAUAGUUACAACAAAAAGAAUAAAUCUGUAAAGGCGAUUUGGACCAGUAGCUCCGGGUUCGUGCCGGAGAACGAGGUGCUGGAAGCCUGGCGGGAGGUGCCACGGAAGCAUUUGGACGGAAAGGAAUUGGUGGUGGAGAUCUUAGAUGACGAGUGGGCCGUAUGAGGGAGGUUAGGCCGUCUGUCAUCGCGGUAGUCGAGGGCACCUAACUAACCGAACGAUUCUUCUCCCUUUCCUAGUGGCUAGAUAAAGACCCGGACAAUAAAUCCGUCCCUAAGCUCACCGGCACUGGCACCCUAGCAAAUGUAACCCAGCUCCCACCACAUAUCCCAUUCACCGCGAUGCAACCUAUCACCAGGGUUCUAAAAAAAUACGAUCGUAUUGUACUACCAUGGUAGUAAUACGAUACUACUUCGUAGUAGUUUGGAUGACUAAUACUACAUCGUAUCGUAGUAAUAUACUACCCUAAGCCUAAUUAGGAC